UUUAACGCUAGGCAUUUGUUGAACUUUACACUACGACGAAAACGCGUGUGUGUAACGGUCCGGUUUAUAGCGGUGGCUGAGAAGGAGCUGACACGUCCGCUGAAUGUCAAUCAUGUCAGUGGUGGGGGAAGUGGUUGUUCUCCUCCUACGGUGUCAUCUACUGAAGUAUAAGUUAACGCAAACACGUCUGGAUCCAAUAACAAACUUGGAUAAUUACACUAAUGAUUUCACUCUUUGCAUGAAAACCUAUUCUAUGGAAUAUACAGGAGAAACACCUAUAGUUAGUAUGGCUGAACAAUGGAUAGACAGUGCGACUCCAGAAAUUUGUGAAGUAAAUCUUAAAGAAGAAUUAUGUCCACUUUGUAAAAAUAAAGAACAUUGUUUUGAUAAAAUGAACAUAUGUUGUAUUACCUUUUGUGAUAAAUUAAUGAAAUUAAAAAAAGCCAUUAACGAUGCACUACAAGAUCAUGUUUCUUAAAAAAUAUUAUAUAGUUAUAAAAUAAGUGUAUAUCAAUAAUUAAUGUUUAUCAUAUCAUAAGCUUACUAAAUAUAUCGUUAAUAUUCUGACAUUUAAAACCUAUAUAUCCUAAACCUUUAUUAAUGAAAUUUCAAUAAUUACUAUGUAUACAUAAUAACUAAAUUAUUCCAAAAUGUAACUGACACCAUGUGCAUGACAUUAGUCUAAGGUAAUGAUAAGAAUUUUAUGAAAAAAAAAAAUUCUUGUACGUUCUGAUAAGUAACAAAUUUUGAUUAUUGUAAUUAAAAAUUAGUUUCAAAAUUACAUAUUAUUAAUAAUGAAAAAAAAAUUGUAAGCAUGUAUUUUUAAACUAAUUAAUUGUGUAACCACUUUAAAUUCCUUACAAAUUACAAUUUUAAAUAUUUAAAUACAAAGUAUUGUGUUUAUGAUUUAGUAAACUCAA